AACGUUGUUUAUGUAUAAGUCAUGUGUUAUUUUGUGAAACACUUUUCCAACGAUUCAAUCACUUCUUAAUUGUCGCCGAUUUGAUCACUGAUUGCAUUGUCUGAAGACUUUGGACAUCACUUAUUGACUGACAAAAUGGCUGACGAAGAGUAUGACAACGACGAUAUGGGUGGUGGAGAUUUUGAUGAUCCCAUCGAUGAUGACGACAAUAUGGAUCAAAUGGAUCAGAUGGACGACGACAACAUUGACAUAUUGGCCGCCGGCGGUGAACAUCAACCACAACAAAAUACCAAACGUAUAACCACUCCAUAUAUGACCAAAUAUGAGAGGGCGAGGGUAUUGGGCACUCGGGCCCUACAGAUUGCUAUGUGUGCGCCUGUAAUGGUUGAACUCGAGGGCGAAACAGAUCCGCUACAGAUCGCAAUGAAAGAACUCAAGGCCCGAAAAAUCCCGAUUAUUAUUAGGCGAUAUCUUCCCGAUGGCAGUUAUGAAGAUUGGGGUAUCGAUGAACUCAUUAUCACAGACUAAUUGAUUCAUUUCAUUCACAAUUUUUAUGAUUAUAAAUAUAUUUUUUCAAUUUAACAUAAAAUAAAUUAUGUUUACCGGUAAACAUAUCUCAAUUAUUUUUUAAUCAUUUAACGAUGUUUUAAAAAGUUUACAUAUUAUUUAAAAUAUUUGAUUAAAUGUAUUUAAUACCUACAGUACU